AUGGCCGGUGGAAUGCAUUUCCUUAUUGGCAUCGCCACCAACGACUAUGUGAUAUUGGCAAGCGAUAAAGCUACUUUCGCAUAUGGAGCUGUACUGGCAGAUAGUGAAAAUGACAAGGAGUACCGCUUGGGAAAGAAGAUGACAAUGAUGUGUAUCGGUGAGGAAGGCGAUGUGGAUCAGUUCGGUGACUGGGCGAAACGGAAUAUUAGACUUUAUGCGAUCAGAAACGGCUAUGAGCUAUGCCCUAGAAGUGCACAUCACUGGAUUCGUCGAGGAAUAGCAGAGGCUCUGCGCACUGAGGACUAUUACGCCGUUGACGUGCUCUUGGGAGGGUACGACGACAAGGAAGGAAAGGCUUUUCUUGGAUCAGUGGAUUACCUAGGCAAUGGUUUGGACGACCAAGUAGAUAUGACCGAAGAAGAAGGACUCUCUCUCCUGAACAAAUGUAUCGCUGAAGCAAAACGAAGAUUUGUAGCCAAUUUACCUGGUUACAAGGUUGUCGUCAUCGACAAGAAAGGCUACAGACAAUUGCCGGAUAUCAAGGUCUGA